AUGCCCCAAGGAAAUGGAAUGAUGAACUCCGAAGAUGAAAUGGACCGACCCAGGAAGAGGCAACGGAUCCACCGGAGAAGGCCGAUCAGCAUGAGGAGAGACAUGCUCAACAAAUUCAACGCCAAAGAAGCGACAAAAUCGGCGAGGACGCCUCUCUCUGAGGGGGGAGAGCCUGCAGAUGCAAAGGGAAGCACUGCAACUACAAUCCGAAGCAAAUGGACAAAGGGCAAGCACAGGAACAUAUCGACGGUCAACAUCCAGAAGAAGACGAAGAAGAUGCGUGAGUCAAUGACGAUCCGCCACCGAGACGAACGUUUGGAAGAACAGUACCGCUCAAGACGAAAACAUGGAAUAUCGACUAUGAUCAUUCUAACCCGUAAGCCACCAAAAACUAUUAUCGUGUUAGGGAAUUUUAAUAACAUGUUUCUAAGACCCCAAGAACACAAGUUGUAUGUACAUAGGCCCUUGCACUUAUCCCCUCUUGUUGUAUCUGUCUUUUAGAAUUCAAAUUGUUAACUUUCAACGAUGCGGUCAUCGUUUUCCUUGGUGGGGGAGGAUGUCGCGGGAGCUUUUGGCGCGCGUUACCCAAGCGGAGGGGUAAAGCCAGCCAAAGCCCGCGUUCUAUCAUAUCGAGCUUAUUGUAGGCCCAGGGUGCGGACGCGCGCUCUGAGGAGUCUCCUCAAUAAAUAUAUAUAUUCCAAUACCUAGAAUAAUGAAGAGUUCAGACUGCUAAAAGGACUCAGAAGGGUCCCGUUACAAACAUAUAAUUAAAGGGAAUUUUAGCCAUAACUAUUAAAACCACAAAACGAGGUCAGUUCGCAUUGUCAAAUCCACCGUAAUUCCCCCGUUCGCCCGUCACCGCCAUUCGUUCGCCGACUAAACUUCCACAAAUAUCGAACGAUUAUCUUUGUUCCGUUCGACCGACUUAACUCCCAAUAUCUCAUCGGUGAAAUCCCACAGACUGAGGACUAUGACUACGCCGCGAAUACGUCGUUCCCUUUAUAUAGACAAAGAGGGAUUAUCCGCUGCUGACAUUGGAAGUCAAAACCCUAGCUGGAAACGAUUAGACUAGCCGCAGGCCGAGGCCUGGAUUAGCUAGCCGCGAGGGGGGUUGAUGGACUGGGUUCGGCGAAUUGUUUAUGAGUAAACAAUCGGUAUUUUAGGAAUCCAAGAAAGCGCAGACGCCUACGUUUUGUGAAAAACAUAAUAGAAAGGACAGAGAGAUUAUAUCCGGGAAGCUGGAGAAGUUUGGGAUUUGAAUUGGAAAAUAUUUACCGUAAAGGCGGUUUGCGGAAAAGUUGUAGGCUUCUUCUAAGAAGGAUGGUUAUAUUUCUAGAAAUUUUGCAGUUCACGGUCUUCGUACUUCGUCCCAGCGCCUUACUUUAUCUGCAGCAUGGCAUAAGCCUAACGUCAGAAACAAAACGGCAGUAGAAACCUACUAAAAAAAUGGUUAGUAGGUUUCUACUGCGUCAAAUAUGACCUCUUGCGCAAGAAAUAUACCUUACGAAUAUGAAUCAUAUGAAAAGGCACACGAAGGAUAAUAAUAAUUUCUACUUAUGGCAAUCAAAGUUAACUAAAUUGGCAGUGUAUUGUGGUAUUGACGCAAGCAUUUGGCUACCGUAAUGCCCUUGCUUUAGGGCCUGAAUAUGCAAAAUGUAACUACGUUCGGGGAAUGCAUCAGGCAACAAAACCGAGGACACAGCCAACCUGGAAGACGAAAAUAAAAUCUCCGGAAGUUCCGGUGUAGAUUAUCGUUCAUGCACUUAAAUUGCGGUGCAAGGAACGAAGAAAUUGGUAUUGGCGAAUAAGUGGAACAAAAAAAGACUUUGAUGCUGAUAAACCUUUUAGAAAGUCGGGUUAGAAUUUCUUCGAAUAAAUGCGAAUCCGUAAAAUCAAUUCCUUCCGGAAGCACCCACAUUUCACGGCAAAAAAUGUGUGAAAAUUUGGUAUUUUUGCGAGGUUUGUCAUGGAAAGUUCAUAUUGUUUCCGAGUUGAAUAAUUUAACCACCCCUGUGAAAAGCGUUAGCUAAAAUCAGCGAUUGAUGGCUUCGGCCCGGCCAUUAAUCCAAAUUUAAAGGAAACCUGAGCACCACUGCGAAGAUCGCAAAAAUAUUUUGUCGACCACAGUAAUCUUGAAAAACAGAUAAAAAUCGUGGCUUCCUGUCUGCUCAUAGAUCCGAUUACUACCAAACUCUUUUUACCGAGAUUUUCAUAAUCCAUUUUUCAGAAUCAGAAAUUAAAGGGAAAAAAAUAAGUUAUUUCAGGAUAUCGCCACAAUUCCAAUCAAUCCCGACAAAACAAAGGGAAACAGUGUCAACCCUAACCUAGAAAAAGGUGGAUUAACUUGUAUUAAAUACAUGUUUCAUUCCGUUAUUGACAUGACAGACCCACCAAAGGCUCAAGUAAUCCAUUUUUGUAAAUUCGGAUAGCAUCAUAUAUAGUCCAUGACCUCCCGAGUCUAAAUUGCCCGCUGAAGGAAAUUCUGCCUUCUUGCAACGCCCGCGUAUAUGUUUUCCCGAAUACGUAGCCGAAUUUUGCAAAUACUAAACAAGAGUAAUAUCCGACGCAAAAGAAAAAAAGUAAUCUAAGCAAUUGCGCGAGAAUAUAUUGGCCAAAAAUAAUCCCGAAUAUUUAUGACAACAAGCUGACGUUUGGUUUGUAAUGCGAAGGAUAAAAGAUAAAAAAAUGAAGUGGAAGAUGUUGAAGGAAUGAGGUCACAAGGAAACUCUUUCAGUUUGUAAACUUAAUUUGAUAAAAAUUUGACAAAAAUUGGGUGUUCUAUUGACAUAUAUGAGAUCUCAAUCCUUCGCUUGACAGAAAUCAAGGAAAUAUUACAUGACAUUUUGCUCAUGUUGCUUGCUCAACAAAAUUUAGCAUUGAUACUAUUUGUACUACAAAUACUAUAAGUUAGCGUCUGCUUAAGAAAGUAGAUUUUUUGGCCAUUAAACAAGGAAGGCGCAUUUAAAAUUAACUUCAAAAGUAAAGUAAGUAGCCGAUCUAGCCGCUGACUAAUUCAUGCAUGAACUAGUGUUACAAGCAAUCCACGAUAUGCUCAAUUUCACUUCUUUCACGUCUGAAAAGUUUUAAAUUUCAAAAGAACAUUACAAUAAUAUCAUAAUUACUGCAUUAACCAAAGUAACAAAGAAUUUUUUGACCAGGAAAUCAGCGGUUAGGAACCUGGCAGUUGACGAUUUUCAAGUCAUCUUUACGAGUUGCUCAGGAUGUUUUAUAUAUCGCUAUCCUGGCAAAUAGCCUGUAAUUUCCGAAAAAAUCGGCCCAGAAGAUCAACCGAAAAAACUGUAAAAUAGUUCAAGCUACUGACCAUUCGAACAAGUUAAAGAUUGCUGCCUCAUUAAGUUGAAGUACAAAAAGUUUGAGCUUCUGAACUUACGUGCAAAUGCAACCUGGAAUUUUACGCAAUACAACACACUGAACGGGCCUCGUUUUGUAAAUAAAUACCGUUUCCAAGAAACUGAAGCCCCGUCCUUAUUGAGAAAAGCUGCCAUGGAGUGCAAAAGAAUCCUUGGAAGUCUUAAAAAACAAUUAUCUAUGCACUUUCAAGCGGUAUUGAAAAGGUCCUAUUCCACCACCUAGCUGCUAAAUACUCGGAAAUAUAAUCGCCGUCAACGGUCACGGUGGGUAUUAAAUGGGCAAUAAAUCACAUCCUUCAACGGCCAACGUACACAAAUCACACAUGUACCGAGCACUCUGCAAGACAUGAGAGGAUGAGCUCUGUAUGAUUCAAAACGUUUGCAACCAUAGGACAAAUCAAAAACACUGGCGUAUAAUUUUAAUUAUACGCCAGAUAUUUCUUAGGAAAAAAGGCAGAAGAGUGCCAGCGGCACUGCAUUUGGCAGCGACUUCCGUGAACAGACCUUUGAACACUCUGUGAAGUUACUUAAUAGUGCAAGCUUAGAAGCUUGUACAUACAGUAAUUUUUUAAUUUUUCAACCCCGCUUGGCUACUGCAGCUACUUUAGUUUCCGUGCCAUAACCAUGAAAUGCGUCAUGCGUUGCAAUCAUAGGAUGCAGAAUAUUACACUGUACCCUAUUUGGUAAAAGCGUCUUCCAGAAGAUUCCCAAUUAGCGGUCAAGAAAAUAUUAGGUUGGGGAAUAAGUCCGCAACGAUUUCUUUAUUGCCUCGUCCUGCAACGAUUGUUUGUUGUUUGGAAAAGUUUAUAUAUGCAUUCGAAAGAGUUCUGUCUCCUCUACAAAACUAUGUUUUUAGUUUUUUUUGAAAAUUUAAUUUUUAAUUAUUUUUUGGGCUUAAAAGUGAACCAUCUAGGAGGCAAAAAUUUGCGUUUUCGACACCUGCUUUUUUCGCCGAGCAGCACGUGGACGCAAACGGCGGUCUUUGUAUCGAAUCAUCAUCGGGGAUGAAAAUGGUGUCUGUACGUCAAUAUAAAGCAAAAUGUUGACUGUUUCCUGGAGUGGGUGGCCCCAGGGGACAGUCAAGCAAUAUCCCCACCCAAAAAGGCCAUGAUCUGCAUUUGGAGGGACUGGGAAGGCAUGGUGCAUAGGGACAUGCCUCAAAAGAACGCCACGGUCAACAAGGAGCACUAUGAUGCCCAACUACACCUCGAAAAUGGGGCUAUUCGACUGAAAUCAAUGCCAAGUCAUCUUGCUCCACGAGUCAUCUUGCUCUCACGUUGCACAAGUCGUCAAAACCGCACUCCAUGA